AUGUAUAAAACUCUUCAAAAAUUAUUUGUUGCUCUAUUAUUCAUAGUUCAACUAUGCCUAUGCGCUGAUAAUUAUCUUUUAAUCGAGACCGUCAAUGGAAACUUUGGACAAUGUAAUGGACAAGUAAUUUCAUCCCUUUUCUAUCAGACCAAUCAAUGUUACAAUGGUCUUUUCGUGACAUGCGAUUCAGAAUCAGCAGUUGCCACUAUUUCCUCAUAUGGUUUUGUUGACUGUCUUGGAUCACCAACCAACGUUGCCAAAUUUGAUAUUGGAUGCUCUGAAAACUAUUUGUAUUCUUGCCAGGAUCAAGUUCUCGCCCAAGAAAGUUCUAUACUAAAUCAAGAGUAUUUUAACUCAAGUUGUGCAGAUUCUCCAUACUUUGCUGAAACUAAAGCCACUGGUAUCUGUGUAGAAGGUGUCAUUAUCACAUGUUCAAUUGUAUUGAACAUGAAUUACUUGUUAAUUGAUCAUAGUUGCUAUAUGUCGUUGGUGGUUUGGCCACAUCUAUGGAGAACGUUUAUUAAAAGUUAA